CAGCCUAGUAACAAUAGUGAGACGUCAAUGCCGAUGGCAACAGACAUUUUAUCAACUUGUCAACAUUAGUUUAAGAAAUUGUUUUUCGAUACACUCGCGCCCUCUUGUGAACAUUUUCCGUACGUAUCUCUUUUGUAAUAAAACACGGUGCCCAUCCAUCACCAAGUCAAAUGCAACAGCAGAAUAGCAUUUGAUCAAUAGUUUAUUGGAGCCACGUGCCGAAACAUUUCGUAACUGUAAACGUAUCAUUUCGUUUUCUGCUAAACAGUUAACAAAACGUAAUCUGAACGAUCAAACACUUGCAUACACGGAAUGGUCUAGACAUUUCUUUAAUACGGAUGUAAUCUAGUAACUUGGUAAAUCUUAGACUGUCGCGUUUAAUCUUAAAGGAAUGCAAUCCGGCCGUAAUUCACCCCGAGUUUUUGAUUGGUUUUACCCGACAAGUCAAGGCAAGCAGUUACGCAAUUUCCAACUGGGUUUUUCUUAAACGAAAUUCUUUGCCUGAUGAAUGAGAAACGAUGGCCAAUCUAACCGUUCAAAAGGGACAUAAAGAUCAGUUCAAUGUCAAUGGAAUUGCUUCACAGUGGCGUCACGUUGCACCAACUGAUGUUUAGAACCUCUCUUGAAUUUAUGACGUAUUAUUGUUUUACGAUCCGCAAAUCAUGAGACAUCAUAAUGCCGACAGCUUUUAAAUGUUGAUACACAUUUACAGCUAUCGUCGUUGCCUCUGUUCUCGUAACUCCACCUCCCGAUUUUCGUUUACUCCACCCUCUGUUCCGAGCAACUUUAAAAGCAUUCAAGUUCUCUAUAAAAAUCGUCAAAAACCGACGAGAUCCAGUGUAACCAGGGUACAGGAAUUCUCCACAAACGAAGUCAUCACAUUUUUUUAAAAAUUGGUUCCCAAAUUAGAGAUCCGCAUUUCACCUUUCGAUAUCCGAAUAACAUUGCAAUAAGCUGAGUAUGCCUAAAAAAAUUCAAAUCGCAUAUUCGUUGCAUACGCUGAACGCUAUCUCGACGGUAUUGGCUGUAGUAGUUAUGGCCCUUUCUUUGUGGCUGCGCUACGAAUGGGACUUUAAGCAUUACGUGUACGAACUGGAAGCCCAACAAGUGUUAUGGACCGGCCCAUACAUUCUUAUCGCUGCGUCCAGUCUGACAAUGGCUACGUCCAUCUUGGGCAGCUGGGCAACAGUAAUUGAAGAUUGUCAACUAAUUUCACUAUUCGCCUUGGCUAGCGCAAUGUCAAUCGUUCUGGGAAUGGCUGGACUUGCCUACACCCUCAAUCACGGCAUCUUUCAUUCGGACUUGACUCCUUGGCUGGAAGAACGCUUCUGGGUCCUCUUUCACGAGAUGGAUUACAACGAAAGAUCAGCUCGCAUUCUACGAAUUAUUCAGGAAGAUAUGGAAUGUUGUGGACCUUCAGAUUGGAAAGAUUACCAAACAUUCAAUAAAGUUCUUCCGGACGAGUGUCGUAGUCCGGUCACGGGCAACAUAGCCGGAGGUAGUUGUGCGGAAGAAUUCGCUCUGUGGAUGGAGCCCAGAACCGGAUGGUUAUCUGGUAUUGCCUUACUGCUGGUCGUCAUUCAGAUGGGGAGCAUAUUUAUUAGCUUGUGGCUACGCAAAUUGAUUUUAUUAGAGAGAUCAAAAGAUAACAGACCGUAUCGUUUGGUCGUCGAAAGCGCCAAGCACGUCCAAUAUCCAUUUUCUACCCAGACUUGUGACUCAAAGAGCAAUAAUUCACUGAAGUACGUACGUGUUGCGGCCCUCUUUGCUCCGGUUGGCUUUAUUUAAAAAAAAAAAAAAACUAAUCCGUGUGGAUUAACAAUGUUAAUCCUUACAUCCAACAAAUAAAAAAAUGGACCUUUGUCUAUGUUUGAAUGACGCCAGAACAAGCAACAUAACGAAAGCAGGAUACAUCCUGUUUACAAAACAAAACGUGUACUAUCUAAUCUGGCCUUUUUUUCUUUUAGGGGGCGGUGAAUGACGUGUGAAUUAUAUUCAAUCCCCAAAACAAACGGCCGAAAAAUAUCCGGUAUCGUGCUCCUACCUGCCAUCCUUGAUUGAGAUAAGUCGAAGAUUUCGUUCAACUGAACCCGUGGGAUUAUUCUUUGUCUACCAAAAAAAGAGAAAGAAUUUUGUUUGUUCAUUUUCAUUCCCUUUUGCUCUGAUUAUUACAAAGCUGCUGUACAGUC